CGGUGCUCGUUCCAGCCCAGGAGGCCAGUACCGCAGUCCCGCGCAGCCGGCCAUUCCCAUGCCGCCGGCACCCAUGAGAUGGCGGCGCGGGGGCCGCUCGUCAUCGCGUCUCCUUCAGCGAGCCCUCCUCUUGGCCGCCUUCUCCGCUGCGGCCCUCAUCCUCCUCGUACUCCAGCACCACCACGGUCCUAAACGCCCAAACCCUUCCGCCGCGUCCCACGCCCGCGACUCCUCAGACGAGCUCCUCGACGACUCGCCUCCCGCGGAGCGGGAUCCGGAUGCCAGUGACCCUGCGGUAGUUGUUGACAGGGCCACGUGCGCAACGGUGGAGAUGAUGGGGGAGGAGGCCGCUGGUGCUGGGCGGGGCUCUCCGGAGCAGGCCAGCCUGCGGGUCCGCGAGAUGAUCCGGCGCCACUUCGAGCUCCACGGAGCAGAAAGAGUGAGAAUGCUUCCUGCCCAUGAAUUCUGCAAACAAGGAUUUGUGUUGGGGAAAGCAUCUGAAGCUGGAUUUGGCAAUGAAAUGUACAAGAUCUUAACAGCGGGAGCCUUGAGUGUCAUGUUAAACCGAUCUUUGAUCAUCGGGCAAACAAGGGGACUGUAUCCUUUUGGGGAGUACAUUUCUUAUACCAACCAGUCAUUCACUAUUCAUGAAAUCAAACAUUUGUGGAGGAAGCAUCGCUGUGCUAGGACAUAUGGUAGAGAUCUGAAUAUCAGAGUGGAUAUUUUUGAAAAUCCAACUGAGACGAAUGUUCUGUGUAGUGACUGGAAUAGCUGGAAGGAUUCAAUUAUCUGGUUUGAUGGCGCAACAGAUGCAGUUGGGAUUCAGUUCUUUCUGAAGAAUGUUCAUCCUAGAAUGAAGGCUGCCGCGUCGGCUCUUUUUGGAUUGCCAGACUCAUUGUACGCCAGGCCUAAUACAUUUGGUGAACUUAUGCGAGCUAUUAUAUCUCCAUCCAGCAAAGUCCAAGAAGCAGUUGACUGGGCUUUGAAGGGUGUGAAUCCAGAUAUUGUUUUGCACAUGCGCAUGAUGGCGAAUAGGCCAGUCCGAGCAAGAAAAGCUGCAGUUCUUUGUAUCAAGAAAGCCCUACAGUUUAGCCAUAUUAAGGGUACAGCUCUGGUGGCCUUGGUCUCAGACACACCAGCAUUUGUGAAGGAGAUAAAGUCAGACAUCAGUGAGUUUGCAGAGGUACUUAAUUUUGAUUACAAAUUGUUUGCCAAGACUUCUAGUCUGGAGAUUGUUGGAAAUGAUAAGCCCUUGGAUUUUCGAUCAAGAGACUGGGGAUCAGCUCCAAGGUGGGUGGCGUUUGUUGAUUUCUUUAUAGCUGCACAGGCCAGGUACGCAGUCGUCACUGGAGCACAUCGUCGUGUGGGGACCACCUACGCACAACUCAUUACAGCAUUGGCUGCGGCAAACAGGCAUGGUCGAGAGCCUUCAGGCACCAACUUCACGUUCCUAAGUAGUGUCCACAGCAACUUGCUGGUGGAGGGGCUGUCGACGCAGGUUGGUUGGGGCCAUAUCUGGAACAGAUAUGCUGGUCCUCUAAGCUGUCGGCGCCAGCCACACCAAUGCGCCUUGACCCCGCUCCUCCCUCCUGCUUGGUGGGACGGUCGAUGGCAAAGCCCUAUUCCCAGGGAUGUGAGGAGGCUACUGGAGUACGGUGUCCGGUUAUCAGAUACUGGGGAGGUGGACGAGAGGCACCUGUUGUCGUACUGCAGGUCAAGGAAAGAUCAUGUGAAGAGGUUCCAUGUCCUUCCACCAUACAAGAACCCGGCACGACUGUAGGCUGAGGAGGUCGGCGAGGAGCAGUAGAGAGCUCAAUUUUGCAUUAACCACUUAUGACGAGUGUAGGUUUGAGUGGCCAAGCUUUUAAACUGGCCAUGCUGGUAAAUUUCGUGUCGUGACUGGUGUAGGUUUUGGUAAUCUGGUGACUGGUGCACUGGUGUUCAGGCGGUAGUAUAUCAUGCAUCGUACAUCACUAUUGUUCAUCUGUGAUAAGAUUGGAAAGCAGGUAGCAGACCUGGAGAUGAUAGCAUGAUGUAUAUAGGGUAAAGGCAUAGCAUUGCAUUGUCGAUGAGUUAUAAGCUGGUGGUCUAUCUGUCAAUUAACUAUAUAGCAGAGCACCGACCCAGAAUUGU